CAAAUUCCUUACGGGCUUUCUCUGGGGUCUGCUUCGGUGAUUAUGAUGGUACUGUUUACCUCGGGUGCUGCUGCGAACGCGGGCAGAGCUUUCUUGAUGCGCAUGGCAGGACAGCGCAUAGUCGCCAGACUGCGCGAACGCACAUACGAAGCCGCCCUCCGUCAAGAGGUCGAGUUCGUCGAGAAGGGCGAGGGAGACGUUCUGAGCAGGCUUAGCGUCGACUCCAGUAUCGUCGGCGAAAGCGUAACCCAGAACCUCUCCGAUGGUCUGCGCGCCAUCGUGAUGUCAACCGUCGGCCUGGGAGCGAUGUUCUACCUCUCGCCCACCCUCACCAUGCUCAUGCUCGCCGUCGUCCCCCCCGUGUCUCUCGGAGCCGUGUUUUAUGGAAGGUACCUGAAAAAGCUGUCCAAUAAGACGCAGGAGGCGAUGGGUGAGAUGACCAAGGUCGCCCAAGAAUCCCUCUCCGCCCUGCGCACGGUCCAAGCGUUCAACGCGCCCCCGCAAGAGCAACAAAAAUUCCACGACAGAGUGGGCACCGUGCUCACCCUGGCGCGGAAGGAGGCGGUCGCGACGGGGAUCUUCUUUGGGAGUACGGGGUGGAGCGGGAAUGUGACGCUGUUGGGGUUGUUGGGAUAUGGAGGCACUUUGGUGACGCAAGGGGCGAUUACGGUGGGCGAUCUUACGAGCCUUUUGCUUUAUACGGUGUAUGUGGGAGGGGGUCUUCAGAUGUUGACGUACGUUCCAUCAUUCGCUUCUUCCUCCAUCAUGCGCGGCGUCGGCGCGGGCCAACGCAUAUUCGAGCUCCUCGACCGAAAACCCGCCAUCCCGCCCCAAACCGGGCUCACCCUCGACGCCUCGAGACGCGGCACGGUGCGGUUCGAGAACAUCUCGUUUGAGUAUCCGAGUCGGAGGGGGGUGCAGAUUCUGGACGAGUUUAGUUUGGAGGUGGGGGUGGGUGAGACGGUGGCUAUUGUAGGCAAGAGCGGGGGUGGCAAGUCGUCGAUACAUUCUCUCCUUCUGAGGUAUUAUGACCCUGUCAAGGGAAAAGUGACGUUUGACGGACAAGACAUCCGAGAGUUCACCCCUACGUCCUGGCGUCACAUCAUCGGUACCGUGCCCCAGGACCCGGUUCUGUUCACGGGGACGAUUGCGUCGAAUAUCGCGUUCGGGAACGAGCAUGCGACUCGGGAAGAGAUUGAGAGUGCGGCGAAGGAGGCGAACUGUGAGUUCAUUUGGGGGAUGCCGAAGGGGUUCGAUACGGAGAUUGGCAGACUGAGCUUGAGCGGCGGGCAGAGGCAACGACUCGCGAUCGCCCGUGCGCUGUUGAAGAAACCUGCGAUUCUGGCUUUGGACGAGGCGACGAGCUCUUUGGACGCGACGUCGGAACAUCGGGUUAACGAUGCGAUUGAUAAGAUCUUGAGAAAGCGUCAGACGACGUGUCUCAUUGUGGCUCAUCGGCUGUCGACUAUUGCUAGGGCUGAGAGGAUCGUGGUUUUGGAAGACGGCCGGAUAACGGAGUCGGGGACUUACAGACAACUGGUUAACAAGAAAGACUCGCGAUUCCGUGCUCUCAUGUCUGCGCAGCUAAACGCUGCCGCUGGGGAGUCCGUAUCGGAACCUGCACCCGCCUCUGAACUUGCAGUACCCCCAACAGAGCUCAAACAGGCCGAAGUCGCUCUAUAGACGGGCUGACAAGACCAUAGGCAUCAUCCACUUAUCCCAGCGAUCCUUCCCGAAUUUUCUCUGCGGCACACAACACCCGAGUCGAAAUCCGGUAUAGACAGAGGGCUGCCCCUGAGGGAAAAAAGGGGGACGAGGGAGGGAAUCUUAGAAAUUAAUUAUUCACUUAUCAUUUUAGACAAUGUGUAAUGGGCAUGUUGACAUCCGAUCAUCCUCUAUCUUUAUUCGCUGCUCCACUC